AUGAUCAGAUCGGGGAAGUCGAUGAGAUCGGAGCAGGUUUUAGCCGACAAACGACCUCUCUCUCUAAACAUUAUGGGUUGGGUUCCUUUCACAAAGAGUCUCCCACUAAAACCCAAUGAUGAAAUCAGACAACAAAAGAGAAAGGAAAGAGAAACCAAAAAAGUGGGGCCCAAGAAGAACAUAUAUGCUCUUAUUGUAACACUUGUCUCAUGUCAACCAACUGUUUAUAGAACGAUUUAUGUUGAUAAAUUAGGUCGGGGUAAUUUCUCAACCAUCCAAUCAGCCAUCAAUUCCAUCCCAUCAAAUAAUACCCGUUGGAUUUGUAUUUCAGUCAUGGCCGGUCAUUACAAUGAACAAGUUAAAAUUCCUAAAGAAAAACCAUUCAUAUAUCUCAAAGGAGAGGCAAAGAAAAGGACAAGUGUAAUUUGGGGUAGUCCUGGCACGCCUUUCACAAGCCCAACAUUCAGCUCUUUAGCAGAUAAUAUCUUGGUGAAAAGAAUGACUUUUAUGAACUCAUACAAUUAUCCACCAAAAAAGGGUUCUAGAUUGACACAGGCUAUUGCAGCUCUAAUUGCGGGCGAUAAAUCAGCAUUCUACCAAUGUUCCUUCUUAGGACUGCAAGAUACUUUAUUGGAUUCCCGCGGAAGGCAUUAUUUCAAGUCGUGCAACAUUGUGGGAGCCUUCGACUUCAUCUAUGGCGCCGGUCAAUCCAUUUAUGAGGGAUGUACCAUAACAGUGAUCAACGGAGGAAUAGACAAUAAACUAGCAGGAUUUAUUACAGCUCAAGGAAGAGAAAGCCCAAAUGACCCAAAUGGGUUUGUUUUCAAGAAUUGCAAGAUUGUGGGACCAAGACUAGCCUAUUUGGGAAGAGCUUGGAGAGAGUAUGCAAGAGUUAUUUUCUUCAACUCCUCUUUUCAAGCCUCUAUUGUUCCUCAAGGAUGGGAUGCUUGGGCUGCCACUGGUCAUGUGUAUAGAACGACGUUCGUUGAACAAAAUUGCUAUGGAAGGGGAGCAAAAACUUCGGGGCGAGUCAAAUGGGAGAAAAGGCUUAGCUCAACCGAGUUGAAGCAUUUCACAAGCAUUUCUUACAUUGACAAAGAAGGUUGGCUCAAUAAGCAACCUAAAUAUUAA